AACAUAUCAACUAUCCCUCAUAUCCUUCAAGACCAAGGAGUGGUUUCCGUGCUUCUGUCAUCUCCCCUUGCUUUCAAAGAGGCCCCCAAUUGGCGUGUUUGCGUUACCCUUUAUGCGUUAUAUAAUUCUGAUCCGUUGCUGGAGUUAAUUCACAAUCCUCUUUUUGUUUUUGUCUUACCUUCCUUCUAUCCAUCCUUCAUUGGCACCCUCAUCGCAACCCACGGCCGCCCUCUGGCUUCCAAUUGAGCUCCUCCCAAUCCGGAUUUCAUCUCUAAGGCUCACAUCAUGUCUUCCGCUAAGCCUUCCCAGCCCACAGUCGUCCCGGUUCCAGCCGCGGAAACUACCAUCGUCACCACACCCGUCUCAUCAUCUUCCUCUUCGCUUUGGGAUCGCGUCUCCAAGUGGGCAUCUGAACACAAAGCCCUCGUCUAUACGAUUGCCGGUGUUGCCGUCGUUGUAACGAGCGCUGGAGUUGUGUAUUAUUUGUCCGACUCCGGACGAGUGCAGGCCGCUAUCCAGCCCACAGAAAAGCGGAAGAGCAAGAAGGAACGGAGGCGAGAGAAGAAGAAGGCCGAGGAGGAGAAAAAGGCCGAGACAGCAAAGCUUUCUGAAUCGCAGGCGAAACCAACAGAAGAAUCGGAGGAGCUUCCAGAAGUCGAUGAGACAACCGUUCAAGCCUUGGAUGCAGAGACCCUGGCCCUCUACGCUGGGAAAUUAAAGGCUGCAGGCAAUAAAGCUUUCGGGUCAAAAGACUACAACAAAGCGAUCGAACUCUAUGGAAAGGCUAUUUUGUGCAAGCCCGACCCCGUCUACUAUUCUAACCGCGCUGCUUGCUAUAACGCGCUGAGUGAAUGGGACAAAGUAGUGGAGGAUACGACGGCGGCAAUUGCGAUGGACGAUGAAUAUGUCAAAGCAAUGAAUAGAAGAGCAAACGCCUACGAGAAGCUUGAGAAGUAUGGAGAUGCGCUCUUGGAUUACACUGCUAGCUGUAUCAUCGACGGUUUUGCCAAGGAGUCAAGCAAACAAGCCGUUGAAAGAUUGCUCAAAAAGCUUGCUGAACAGAAGGCCCGAGUUAUCAUGGAGGGUAAAGGCAAAAAGCUUCCAAGUGCUACCUUUGUUUCCAACUACCUCCAGAGCUUCCGACCCAAGGCAACUCCAGAAGGCUUGAGUGAAGAGGCAGAGCUGGAUGAAGAGAGCGGCAAGGGCCAGCUACGAAACGGCUUCCAGGGCAUUGCCAAACAUACCAGCGAUGGUUAUGAAGAGGCUGCUCGUGCUUUUGAGAAGGCCCUAGAAUUGGGUGCAUUGGAGGACUUUGAAGCUCUCGCGCUAAACAUGCGUGCAACUUUUACGUACCUAGCCGGUGACGCUGACAGUGCUAUGAAAGACCUGAACAAGAGUAUCGAACUCGACCCGUCGUUGGUCCAGAGCUACAUCAAACGUGCCAGUUUACAUCUGGAGAUGGGCAACCGGGAAGCCGCCGCGGACAACUUUGACCUGGCCCUGCAACAGAACAAGGAUGACCCUGAUAUCUACUACCAUCGUGCCCAGUUACAUUUCAUCCUUGGUGAACUCGCCGAAGCCGCCAAGGACUAUCAAAAGUCAAUAGAUUUGGACCGGGACUUUAUCUACUCACAUAUUCAGCUUGGUGUGGCACAGUAUAAGAUGGGCUCUGUCGCUUCUGCUAUGGCAACAUUCCGACGAACCCUUAAGAACUUUGAAGACGUUGCGGAUGUUUAUAACUACUACGGAGAAUUGCUCCUCGAUCAGCAGAAGUUUUCGGAGGCCAUCGAAAAGUUCGAUCGAGCAGUUGAGCUAGAGAAGAGCCACAAGCCUUGGGGUAUCAAUGUGCUUCCUCUCAUCAAUAAGGCCCUCGCUCUUUUCCAGUGGAAGCAUGACUUUCAAGAAGCUGAAAACCUCUGCCAGAAGGCAUUGAUCAUUGAUCCCGAAUGCGACAUCGCUGUUGCCACUCUGGCCCAGCUGCUCCUCCAGCAAGGCAAAGUCUCCCAGGCACUUAAAUAUUUCGAGCGAGCAGCCGAAUUAGCACGUACCGAAGCAGAAGUGGUCAAUGCCAUCUCCUACGCUGAAGCCACCCGCGCGCAACUCGACGUCCAGGAACGAUAUCCCAAGCUGGCAGCCCGAUUGGCCCAGAUGGGCGGUGCUCCGGGUCUCGGCGGCGUCUUCUAAGCCCAUGGUGUGAAUACAGUGAUAUCAAGAUUCAAGACUCUCAGCAGAUCGGAGGUGCCUCGCGCUACUUUGUACUUUAAUAAACCAUGUUUUGUUUUAUCCUGGCUUCUUGUUGCCUCUGAUCCUGAGCUUCUUUUAUUGUUCCGAUCUGCUUGUGACAUGGGCGUGGGCCUUAUGAUAUUGCCUAGUGAUCUAUCUGUAUGUACCCACAGAUGUACAUGCAAUGUUGCCCCAACGAUAUGUUCCCCGCAACUUCUCUUGUUCAGAUUUUGUAUUAUGAAUUGCUGUACUUUACCUUGCUACAUUCUUUUCCUUUUGCUGUUCUUUCAAUUUCUUAAAAGAUCCAUUUUUUUUUCCCUUGCCGGGGCGUUCUUGUUCCAAAAGAACAAACUAAACAGGGGGAUACGGCUCGGAUUGUGGUGGGAAGGAAUAUUUAAGGACUGCCCGUGUAUAAAAUGAAUUUUAAUCGAACGACUCUUCUCUCCGUG